GGAGUGCGUCCCCGUACUACCUACCUACACUGUACUACAAUACUACAUACAUCUCUCCCAAACCUAAACCAUGGCUUCCCCCCCGAUAGAAGAGCUGGCAAAAGAGUGGCUGCGCCUGGACAGGGACCCCACGACACGUGACGAGAUAUACCGUCUGCUCAACCGCGGCGAGAAAGAGGAGCUGGAGCGACGUCUGCGCAAGCGUAUCGCCUUCGGUACCGCCGGCCUGCGCGCCUCGAUGCAGGCCGGGUUCGCGCGCCUCAACUCGCUGACGGUCAUCCAGGCAUCGCAGGGCCUGGCCGCCUACCUGCUGGCCAGCGUGCCCGACGUCAAACACCGCGGCGUCGUUAUCGGGCGCGACGCACGCCACAACUCGGAGAAGUUUGCCAAGCUGACGGCGGCAGCGUUCGUGGCCAAGGGCAUCCGCGUGUGGUGGUGCGAAGACCACGUCCACACGCCGCUGGUGCCGUUUGGCGUGCGCGAACUGACGGCCGCCGCGGGCAUCAUGAUCACGGCCAGCCACAACCCGGCCCAGGACAACGGCUACAAGGUCUACUGGGGCAACGGCUGCCAGAUCAUCCCGCCCCAUGACAUUGCCAUCGCCCGCGCCAUCGAGCAGAACCUCGACCCCAUCACCUGGGACACGUCGGUCGUCGACGACGGCAGCCUGCUCAUCGAGGGCGCCAUCGGCCUGGUGCGCGACAGCUACUUCCGCGCCGUCAAGCUGACCGCCGUGCCCGAAAAGGUCCUGCGCCCCGACCCGGCCGGGCUCAACUUCGUCUACACGCCCAUGCACGGCGUCGGCCUGCCUUACAUGGCCCAGGCCGUCAAGGACCUGGGCUUCGCCGACUGCAUGCACGUCGUGCAGGCCCAGGCCAAGCCCGAUCCGGACUUCCCCACGGUCAAGUUCCCCAACCCGGAGGAGAAGGGCGCCCUGGACCUGGCCAAGCAGACGGCCGACGAGGUCGGCGCUGCCCUCAUCAUCGCCAGCGAUCCGGAUGCCGACCGCCUCGCCGCCGCGGUCAAGCUCGACGACGCCUCCUGGCGCCAGUUGACGGGCAACCAGCUGGGCGUGCUUCUGGCGUCGCACGUGCUGGCGACGUACCCGAAGGAGAAGCCGCGCGAGAAGCUGGCCAUGCUGGCGUCGGCCGUGUCGUCGCGCAUGCUGGCCGCCAUGGCCCAGGCCGAGGGCUUCAAGUUCGCCGAGACACUGACGGGCUUCAAGUGGCUGGGCAACAUUGGCAUCCGCCUCGACGGCGAGGGCUACGACGUGCGCUUCGCGUACGAGGAGGCGCUCGGCUACAUGCUGCCGUCGGUCGUCAACGACAAGGACUCGAUCAGCGCGGCGGCCUACUUCCUGACGGCCGUGACGCGCUGGCAGGCCGACGAGGGCCUGACGCCGUGGGGCAAGCUGCAGCAGCUCUACGCCCGCUACGGCUUCUUCGCCGACGCAAACACCUACCUCGUCUCGCCGGACCCGGACACGACCAACCGCGUCUUCGGCGACAUCCGCGCCCUCGCGGACCCCUACCCCGCCGCUCUCGGCGAGCGCGCCAUCCGCCGCUGGCGCGACCUCACCGUCGGCUACGACAGCGCGGCAGAGGACCCGCAGGUGCCCGACUUGCCCGUGUCGCCCGACAGCCAGAUGAUCACGUGCGAGCUCGACGGCGGAGUGCGCUUCACGGUGCGUGGCUCGGGCACCGAGCCCAAGAUCAAGCUGUACAUUGAGGCGAGCGCGGCGAGCGAGAAGGAGGCGCAGCAGACGGCGGACGCCGUGUUGGCGGAUUUGCUGAAGGAGUGGUUCAAACCGGAGGUGAAUGGGCUGAGGCUGGCUUAGAGGGAGGCGGGAGAUGAGAGAUGAGAGAGUUGUGGACGGUUGGAUGGGCGGCUAGAUUUGACUAUUUGCGACGAGCGCUGCUUUCAGAGCUGUAAUGCAAUACCCCCUUUAGAUUAUUGAUGAAGACUUUCUUUCUGCAUGUUGGGUUUUGGACAGGAGAGGAGCGGGGGGAUCCUCAUUGGACUAGCAGUGGCAUCCGUCCUACCAUCUCGGCGUACCGGAAAGGGUGAUGUCCACCAUCACGCACGCACUAUGGCCAAAGGCAAGCCUCGGGAAGCAGUCAACACAAUCGCCAACAACUACCUACGCUCAGUUACCCCCAUUCACUCCAGUACCGAGCCACACUGCCUCACAAAGGAUCCAAAACACAACCUCAUCAAACACCAAAAUCACCAGGUAAAAAGCAGCAACCACCCCUCCACUCCACGCUCAGGUACCC